CCCACAAUGCACUUAGAAGAGGUGAGUGGAUCGAGUUACAGCACGACAUUGCCAUAAUCACCAGAAAAACACCUGACAAGCACUCAAGCUCCUCAUUCGGUCCCGGGCUUCUCUUAUCUGACCCCACACUGCUGUAGCCGCAGCUCGGGAACAGAUAUGUGACCCCUUCCUGGUAAAGUCCUCUGACAUUGGAUCUAAGCAGACAGCAGAUUGGGUUGGUUUGUUGAAAUGAAUGCUGGCCAGACAACGUCUGUUGUUCAGAUUGGUGCUGGAAAAUCUUGCUCCAGGGCUGAAUUUUUCUCUUUACUGAACACCUACAACUGCUUUCUUAAAGACAUACCACACCUGCUGCUCACUGUUCAGGAGCAGAAAGCAGGAAAGGUGACAUUUGAAGGCAAUCUUGUAAUUUCCUGGGGAGUGAAGAAACCCAUUCGGUUACAAAUACAAGAUGAGAAACAGAUUUUUUCAAAUGAGUCUUCAGUCAAGUCACCAGAUCCCAUCAGUCCACUUGGAAACAAAAGGGGAAUGACACGAUGGGGAGAAUUUGAUGAUCUUCAUCAUAUUGAUGAACUGGAAGAAGCUGGAUCCACAAAACCUGAAAUUCCUCCUAAAGACUACAUUGAAUAUGAGAGCAAAACGUUAAGACCUUCCCGAGCUGUGCCGACCAGUGAAGAAAGUUCAAAUCUGAUCCGUACCAUGAGUGAUGCCUCGCUGGUGAAAAUGAGGGUGAAGAGUAGGAAGAUGGUAGAAAGUCAGAGGAACAGAAACCAUCGCUUCUCCAUCAACGGACACUUCUACAACUACAAGACAUCUGUUUUCACACCGUCAUUUGGCGCCACCACAAAUGUGAACAUUAACAGCAAGAUGACAACACAAGAGGUCAUUACACAGCUGCUUCAAAAGUUUAAAAUAGAAAACACUCCAAAUGAAUUUGCCCUGUACUGCAUUCAUCAAAGUGGAGAAAAGCGAAGGUUGAGCAGUUCAGACCUGCCACUGUGGGAACGUCUUCUACAGGGACCAUCAAACAGCAUCAUGAAAAUAUUCCUCAUGGAUACAGACGAACAGGAAAUUAGCCUUGAUGUAGCUCAGUACCUCAAUUUAGAGAUGCCCAUUUUGAAGGUAAUUCUGCAGAAGCUGGAGGAGCAAGAGAACCAAGAAGUACAAAGAAUAAUUGCAAAAUAUCAAAAGGAACAGAGUGUCUUGUUGCAGUGCUUGAAAAAAAAGAUACCGUUUAAAACAGAGACAACUGUCUGAAUGAAGUCUUGGCAACAGGAAACUGUUUCCAACUGUUGUGACGUCAACCACAGAGUAAAAAGAGAAAUGGAAAAUAAAGUGAAAAGUGAGCCUUCCGGACUACAAGCCAGGAAUCAGGAGUGUGAGAUGUUCAAAAGUGCAUAUGUGACUUUUCGUGCAUAGCUUUACGGUUAAGUUUGUGGUUAUAAUGUAUAUAAUGUAAAAUAGUUUUCACACAAAUGUAAUUACAAUAUUUAUCAUGUGAGGAACCAAAUAAAAUGCUGAUAUUUGA